CGAGUCUUGUUUUGAUGUCGUGCCGCUUUAUGUAAACAGUAAUUUUAUAUAUAUAAUUUUCAUUUUGUUUUGACAAAAAAAUGUACUCUUAUGUUUAUCUACGUGGUGUUAAGUAACUUUUAUUUAUUAUAUGUCAUAAUAUGAACUUAAGCAACUAUCCCUUGUGCAUCAUUAUUUUAUGAACUUUUAUUUUCGUCUUCAAUAAAUUCGUUUUCGUUAAAAAAUGACAGAGGAAUGUAAGAAGGCUGAAGCUGAUGCAGUAGAAUUCGCAAAUCGAGCAAUACAGUUCGAUCAACAGAAUACGUAUAACGCUGCAAUAUAUUAUUAUCGAGUGGCAGCUCAAGCCCUACAUUCUGCAUAUCUUCUUGGAUCACAAGUAGCUGGAAUUAAAGAAAAGGCUGAUGAAUAUAUUUCAAGGGCUGAAGCUUUGCACAAAAUAAAAAUUCAGAUUUCUCAAAGAAAACCUGAAAAAAAUGAACACAAACUUCAGUUGGAGAGGGCAGAAUUUUUGCUUCGGCAAGGUUUAGAAGAAGAUGAAGCUGGAAAUGAAGAAGAAGCUAUUGAAUUGUACUUACAGGCUGCUGAACUAUGUUUAAAAUCUAGGAAGUUAACUCAAGAUAAAAAUUUACAAGUGAAGCUAUCAAAACUGGCUGAAAAUUCUUUGGAUAGGGCUGAAGCAUUAAAAAAGAAAAGAGCUGCUACAACUCAGCAGAAUGUUCCUUCACCAUCUGCUGUUUCACCUCCAAGUCUGUCCAGUCUGAAUAUCUCUGAAAAGUCUAAUCAGAAUCAGGUAUUAGUAAAUAAAAGAGCUAGUUCUCCUAUACCUCUGCAACAAGUAUCUGGGAAGGGAACCUACAGUAAAGAAGAAAUAGCUGUCUUACAAGUUACAUCUAUUGUCAAUGGCAGAGAAUAUGUGCCUUUCAUGCCUAUUGAUUUAAAAGAACGAUUUGCAUAUCCAUUGCCAUUCUCUGACAGAGAUGGUAAACUUACAUUAAGUCCAAAACAGAAAGCUGUCUUUAAAGCCUGGGUUCGUCCAGAGGAUUUUACAUCAAGACCUGUUGUUAUUGAACUAAUAGAUUGUUUCAGCUUAAGACAGACAAUAGUAUCCGAUUGUUCAUUUGUUGCUUCAUUAGCUGUAAGUGCCCUUUAUGAGAAAAGAUUCAAGAAGAAAAUAAUUACUAGCAUCAUAUAUCCUCAAAAUAGAGCUGGUGAUCCUGUGUAUAACCCUUGUGGAAAAUAUAUGAUUAAAAUGCAUUUCAAUGGUGUUCAAAGAAAGGUAAUCAUUGAUGAUUUUUUGCCUAUGGGUGUUCAUGGGGAUCUCCUUUGUUCAUAUUCAAGUAAUCGUAAUGAGCUGUGGAUAUCACUUUUAGAGAAGGCUUAUAUGAAAGUAAUGGGUGGUUACGAUUUUCCAGGCUCAAAUUCAAAUAUUGAUCUCCAUGCUUUGACAGGAUGGAUACCAGAUAGAAUUUCAAUUGAUUUAUCUGAUCCAACAUUUGCUAAAGAUAAAAUUUUCAAAACAAUGGUGGAUAAGCACAAUAAAGGGCAUGUUUUAAUUACUGUUGCCACUGGAGAAUUAAGCAGUUCUGAAGCAGAUAGGGCAGGGUUAGUGCCGACACAUGCUUAUGCUCUUCUUGAUGUGAAGGAAGUGUUGGGGAAAAGAUUGUGCCUUUUGAAAAACCCAUGGAGUCAUUUAAGAUGGAAAGGACGGUUUUCUGAACAUGAUACGAAAAACUGGACUCCAGAGUUAAAGGAAGCCUUAAGAUAUGAUCCACGAAAUGCUCAAAUGUUUGAUAAUGGCGUGUUUUGGAUUGACUAUGACUCUCUAUUGCAUUUCUUCAGUGUAAUUUAUUUGAACUGGAAUCCUGAAAUGUUCAAGUAUACCUAUUGUCUUCAUCAGUAAGAUUUGAUUGAUCUCA